AUGGACAAUUUCAUAAAGAAGGAAUUACAAGAUGUUCCCAAAGAUUAUAUUAGUGAUAUGAUAUUCAUGAAAGAAUAUCGUCAAUUAUUGGUAACUUCAUGGGACGGAACCAUCUCAUUGUAUCACCUCUCUAGAGGAGAAGAAGAAGAAGAAGAAAAAGCAAAAGAUGAAUUACGAUUGCUUAACCGAUUGCGAUACAAGGUACCUUUACUUUGUUGUUCAUAUAUGAUUAUUCCGUCACGUUCUUACUCUGAUUGGAUGGACUUGACAAUAUAUGCGGGUACUAUACAUGGUGAGAUAGUUCAAAUCGACUUUGAAACUAACCGGAUUGAACCUAUUGCGUCCAAUAAUGAUGCACAGUUGGGUAUCUCUAAGAUGAUACGAUCGGUAAAAAAUAAGAAAUUAUAUGUUAGUUCAUGGGAUUGCCUUAUUCAAGAAUUGGAUCCGGUAUCGAAUCAAAUUACUAAGAAAAUACGGUUAGAAGACGGUAAAAAAGUAUUAUCGAUGGAUUGUAAUGAUGAUAACUUAAUUAUAGCCACGACGUCCGGGAAAAUAAAAUGGACAAAACUACCCUUAGCUGAUGGUCAUGAAGGAGAAAGAGCAAAGGGAAUGUGGACUGAAGUAGAAGCUGGUUUAAAAUACCAACUUCGAGAUAUAAAAUUGACGAAUGAUGGCGAUGGAUAUGUUUCAAGUAGUAUUGAUGGGAGAGUUGCUGUAGAAUAUUUUAACGAUGAAUCAAAGAAAUUUGCAUUCCGUUGUCAUCGGAUGAAUCUUGUUGAUAUGCAAUUUGUAUUCCCGGUAAAUACAUUAUCGUUUGAUCCGCAUAAUAACAUCCUGUAUACUGGUGGAUCAGAUGGGUGUGUUUCUGUAUGGAACUUGGAUUCACAGAAGAAAAUCAAGCAAUUCCCCAAGUUUAAUGAGAACAGUGUCGUCAAGAUUGUUACGGACGAACGAAUGCUGUGUGUGGCAACAUCGGACGAUUCCUUUAAGACAAAUGCAGUGGCCACAGAUGCUCUCCAGUUGCAACCCAGUCGAAUCUACAUUCUUUUCAAGAUGUGA